GUGGGUCAAUUUCACACAACUUGCCCACAUUUCACUUUGUCAAUCUUUCUUCCACAUCUGAUCGUGAUGCAGAACAUCAAAGCUCGGAGUGGUCAGCGGGAAACCCGCACCAAAGCGACAUUUGCAGCUACAAAGAAGACGGGCGCGGGUCCAGAGGAAGACACUCCUACGGUCCGUCAACGCCUCUCAGAGGCCAGGAAAACGGGCGUGCUGGACCUGCGAGGACUGAACCUUGGAAACAUCCCGGUGGACGCUGAAAAGUUGCAGAACCUCUCUGCAUUGCUGCUUGGGGAAAACCGCCUUACGUCCAUUCCUGCGGACCUCCCAUCCAUCUUCCCGCGUCUUACCUACUUGGACCUUUCAUUCAACAAGAUUCAGAGCGUACCGAAUGUGCUAGUCGACUUGCAAGAUUUGGAAGUUUUGGAUUUGGAAGGCAACCAGGACAUCCCAUCACAACUUCCGACCGCGUUUCGUCCGCUGGUCGAGAAGGGGAAGCUAGCGGUGCUUCGUGGUGAGCCGGACUUUUCGCCCUCGGACGUGCUAAAUGAGGAGAGCUUUGCUGCAGAAAGUGAGGUAGAAGAGGUACAAGAGGAAGGAAAACCCGAGCCAGCUUGGCGGAAAGACUACUAUGACACCGAUGAUGAGGCAGACCAUGAAGAAGGUGGCUACGAGGAUGAUAUUGAAGACCAGGACUCUCUUGAUAAUAAAGAUACCCGAUCGGUAACCUCCAUUGACUCAAAUCUAUCAGAUGGUUUAUCUACGGAUAAUCUCCGGGUAGAAUUCAAGCUUUUUAUUCACCGUGUUGAGGACCUUGAAGAAGGGGACACGCUCGAGGCUAGGUUCCGUCGACGAUGGGGCACUGGAGAUCCAGUAUUUGUGCGCUACAUAUCAAAACGGUAUAGGGCAGAAGCCGGAAAGCCGGCCACGCAUGGUUUGGCUGGAGGUCGAAGGAAGGAUAGGAAGAAUCGCGAAGGAGAGUCUAGAGAUAGCGAGGUAGAUGAUGAUCAUGAUCGUGGUAGUGCUAGUGAGGAGGAGGAACGACCAUUGAAAGGCAGAAAUGCAAAGAGACAAGUCGAGUAUGCCCGCAAAGAAAAGGAGAGGUCCGUCAAGCAGGGUGUCAAGGCUGGGAGGAAGACGAAGCAAUCGAUGAUGGAGGUCGAAUAGAAUGUAACAUUCCCAACUGCGAUUCAUCAUGUAUUUCAUCUAUUGGUAGACUUGCUCAUUGACAUUGUAAUUUUGACCUUGCAAUCACUAGUCCUUUUUGUCUGCCUCAAACUGCUGAGUUACCAAUUGGGAACAAUCAUUCAAGAAAUCACAGACUUCCAUUGUUUCCAGUGAUUUGGACUUGGGCGGAUUUGGUAUUCACCACGUCAAUCGUUGAGACGACGUUCUCGACUAGGAGAACCAAUCUUUUCUUCUUUUCAAAAAUUGUCAAUAAUAGGACUUACCGAUCGUAACG